UUAGUAUAAUAUAUGGCCAAAAAAGCUUCAGAGAAGGUGCCAAACUGACCAUGAACCCUUUUGUUGGUUCCUCUACUAGAUUUCUUCCCAGGCCCAUCCUAAUCCACCACAGCCUGAAGCAAUUUGGUUGCAAGCCAUGUUGCAGUCAGACUAGUAGGCAGAACCUAAAAAAGUUAUGGCCAUCUGUUUCUCUAUGCCUCUUUGGGUGUGGUUUCCUUUUGGGUCCAGUUUUAGACGGCAUCCACUCCCGGGUGAACCUUGUCGUAUACCAAACUGGCUCCAUUGAUAUUGGCCCUCUCCACACCAACAUCUGGGUUCCUCCAUUGCUUGGAUUGUUUUAUACCACUGUCGGUUUGCUACAACUUUUUGUGGAUGAAAAAUUUCUAGCAAAGCCUCCGGAGGAUGGUUUCAACAAACUCCUUGCAACUCUCAUAGCAUUGGUGGUGUUCUUAGAUUUAAGCGCCGAAUUAUACAAAGCUGGAGUUGCAGACAACGUGGAAGCUUACAUACUGUUUGCAGGUGCCGAGUUGAUUUGGUUAGCCCUGGAUCGGACUAAAGUUGGAUUUGCAUUGGCUUGUAUCAUUGGUCUUGUCUGUCCUCUUGCCGAGAUUCCUGUUAUGAAACUGUUCCAUCUAUGGUACUAUCCCCAGGCAAACAUUGAGAUUUUGGGUCAGGGUCUAGUUACAUGGACUCUCACUUGCUAUUUUGCCUACACUCCGUUCUUGAUUGCAUUGUCACGUUGGGUCAAGACGGCUGUAGCGAAUGCAGCAACAGAAAAAUAGUAAAUUCGUUAUGGGACAGAAGCAUUUUCAGUGUAGCAGUCAAAGUUUAUGAGAGAUUAAGCAGCAUAUCGUCAACAUACAAGUGAAUCAAAUGUUACUCUUGUGUAGUUGUGUUGACUGUUACACUAACAUUGUUGAGCUUGAAAAUUUGGGUGUGUUUGGCAAGUAUACUUUUAUACUAUCUUUUAUGCAAUUUCUGGGCCCGAUGUUGUCUGCAAGAAAUACUAUCCAGUUGAAGAUUGAGAAAAGAAUUGUGGCCACCACUGGUUCAACAUGUUUGUCUAGUCUGUUUUCAAAA